AUGAAUCUUGAUGGAAGAGUCACCCUCAAAGACCGAGUAUGCCAGAUCACAUGGGGGUGGUACUCGUUGUCCAUGGCUACUGGAGGCAUCGCUGUCCUCCUCUACCGGACACCUCACCAAUUUACCGGACUUGAGAUCAUCGGCAAAAUUAUCUAUAUUUUCAACCUCUUCCUCUUUCUCGCGAUCACAUCGUGCAUGAUUCUCCGAUUCCUGGCCAAGCCAAGCGCUCUGAAGCAGUCAUUCCAAAGCAGUCAUGAAACCUACUUUGCACCGACAUGCCUACUAUCUAUCGCAACCAUCAUCCUUGGAGCCGAAAGUUACGGAAAUAGCUCCUGUGGCCCCUGGCUGCAAGUAGCCCUACGAAUCGUCUUUUGGAUCUACGUCGCGCUCUCCACACUCCUCGCUAUAUUCCACAACUGGUAUUUAUACUAUUUGGCCAUGGCCAAGCAGCAACCAUUCCCAAUAGUGCAACUACUGCCCUCUUUCCCAGCCAUGCUGUCUGGCACUAUCGCAUCGUCUAUUGCGGGCAGUCAACCACGAGAACAAGCACUGCCAAUUCUCAUUGGCGGCGUCACAUUACAAGGCUUCGGCUUCAUAAUGUCUCUGCUCAUAUACGGGGAAUACCAGUACUUUCUCGCCAGGCAUGGUCUGCCAGAACCGUCCAAGCGACCUCAGAUGUUCAUUGCUGUCGGGCCGUGCAGCUUCACUGCUCUUGCGUUAAUUGGAAUGGCGAAGGAGGCGGUGGAAAUCUUCUCUUUACGAUAUAUCAUUUCCUACGCUGAUCCUGAGUCCGUUGGGAGUGUCGCCGUCAGCACUGGUGAUAUUGCCAUGGUGAUUGCCUCUUUCUUCGCCAUCUUUGUUUGGACUAUGGCGUUCUUUCACUUUUGUAUCGCUCUUAUUAGUGUUUUGGCCUCGGCUGGAAUCUUUGGAGGGAGGGAGCCCCUGGCACCGACGAUUAGUAUCGGGCAGGUGUUGCAGUCUGAAGGUAUUCUCUGGGUUUCGUCCGUUAUGACUGUAUUGCAAGUCGCAAUGUGGUUGGGUGUGGGCGGUGCUACCAUACUUGGGAUUGCGAGACGUCAGAUAUUAUGGCCAGAAGAUGACAAGAGAAGUGCCUAA